AUGGAUCCGUACAAAGUUCUCGGAGUCCCGGCGAGCCAGGUAAAGCACCCGAGCGACAUAGACAAGGUACGGCAGCGGGCCAAGAAGCUGUACAAGAGGUUUGCCGCAGAGAAGAACAAGUUCCAAGCCAAGAAAGUCAUGGAGGCUUUCGAGAUGGUCCAGCGGAACAUGAAGAAGAUAGGCGAAGGCGCCUACAAGCUCUUAGGCAGAGGACGCAAAGAGCGCGAGUUGGAUAGACACUUCAACCAUCAGACAAAGGAAAUCAAGAAAGACCGACGUGUGAAGCGGCAUUUGACAAAGGCUAGAAGAGGCGAAGUGCACGGCGAGAAGCGCAUGCAUCUGCCUGGGGAUAAGGAGCGGAUUCCCACCUUCCGACGAAGCAAAAGAAGAAGAAGGCACAAGAUGUCGAAGAUCAAGAAGCCCAAUGUGGAUGUUCUGCAAGGCCUUGAGCGGCUCGCAGCAGUUCUCCCACAGCGGACGAAGUUUCCGAAGGUCGUCAAGCUGCUUUACCGGUGGACCAAGGAGUACAUGAACGUGGAUAAUCGCGAGUACAUCUUCCGGGUGCUCAACGAUGUGACUAAGCUGCCUUUCCUCGCCGAGGAUUCGGAAGGUCGACAGGACGUCAUCUGCGUUUUCGAGUAUGUUCUCUCCUACAACUCGCUGUGGUUCCAGGAGGAUGAGAAGCGCCAAAUGCUGGGGCGAGCCUGGCAACUGGCGACUGUGACUUUCUGCCAAUGUUACACAGACGACGCCUUUACGUUGUCCAGCACCAUUGCCAAGCUCAACGAGGCUUUUGCACUCAUCGAGAAGUCGAAGCCGGAUAUCGAUGCCUACCUGGAAGAGAAGCAGAAAAGAGCAGCCAAGCACGAAGCCAAGGUGGAGGCCUCCAAGCUGGAAGCCAAGAUGGAAGCCAAGCUCGAGGUGGAGCUCCUGGAUCCCGAGUCGGACCCAACGCAGGAGAAGAUCGAAGCGAAGGAGGAAGAUGACAAGCAGGUAAAUGGAAAGAAAGCCAAGUUGGCGCUGCCCGUGGAGCCUGCACCGGCGUUGUCGAACGGCAAGCAUCAGCCGGUGGACCCCAAGCAGGAGGAUGGCAGCGACCACGAGGACUUCUUCGGUGCUGGUGCAGCUGGGGCAGACGACGAUGACGAAACCUCCGAGGAGGAAGAAUGCAGCGACGACGAAGAGCUCAGCGAUGAGGAGAAGGAGCCCAAGUCCAAGGCGAAAUGCAUAGACCUUGACAGCGACGCCGAAGGUGGCGAGAUCAGCUCCGAAGCGGAGGAGUCCUCGAUCGACGUGGAUGAGAUCGAGAGCUCAAGCGAAGCAGAGGAGAUGUCUGCCUUCGUGUUUCCGGUGCCCUGCACAGAGGAGAGCUUGAUCACGAUUCGCAAAGACUUCGUCGAGCGCUGCCUUUUCACACUCUUCAAGAACAGAGGUCCUCUGUGGGCUCGGAACAAGGUUGAUACGUUCUUCCAGGAGAUCUUUUACCGUCGGGCCUGUCUGGACAAGGAGCAGCAGACCCAGGUUGAAGCCUGGCAGUCACGGAUCAAAGUGCUCCAAAAGGAGAGCGAGCACAAAAUUGGCGAAGCCAACAACAUCCUCGAGUCCGGGAGGCCGGUGGUGGACAGCCGCGAGAUGCGGCAAGUCGUGGAUGCGGACUCAAACAAUUGGGCCUCGAAGCAGACAUUCGACUCCCGGGAAAAGUCGGGAGCACGACACGUUAUCAGAUAA